GCUAAACAGUAAAGUCUUUAGCUGCAGCCUUUUUCACUCCAGAAAAUCUUCCCUGACAGAUUUCUUCCCCACUCCACCCUCACUUCAAAAAUUCCACCAAUUUCAUAUAGAGAGAGUGUAAUUUUCAAUUUCCUUACCUUUAUUUUUCUCUAUUUAUACACAGCUUAUUGACAGUGAACAGUUUUUCCUUACUGAAGAAAAUCAAAGUGAAAGUUAGGAGAAAUUAUGCUGGACUAUGAAUGGGGAAUUGGCGAGGAAACAACCCAAGAAACUGACCAAAACGAUCAAUUUUUUGACCCUUUUGUCAACCCUCAUGCCCAUUUUCCUCCUAUAUCAAACCACCCCGACCAACGACAACAACAACAACAAAUACAAAAUCAUCAAUUUCCCCAAUUUCAAACAACUCCAAAUAACAACCAUUUUAACUCCUUGUACAACCCACACACUAAUGAUGUUCCCUACUCGCAAACACAUCAUACAUCCAUGCUUUCUCUACAACCAACCGGUUCAGCCGGGUUCAAUAUGGUUUUACCAAAAAGCGAACCCCAGUUUGUGGGUGGUAUUGAUUUCACUAAUACCAGUAGGAUUGGGUUGAAUUUGGGCGGAAGAACGUAUUUUGCAUCGUCGGAAGACGAUUUCGUGAACCGGCUUUUCCGACGGACUAGGGCGGUGGAGGGCGGUUCAGUGAACUCGCCGAAGUGCCAAGCUGACGGCUGCAACGCUGAUCUCACUCAUGCAAAACACUACCACAGACGACAUAAAGUGUGUGAGUUUCACUCCAAAGCUGCCACUGUUAUUGCCGCCGGUUUGACUCAGCGCUUCUGCCAACAAUGCAGCAGGUUCCAUGUUCUGUCGGAAUUCGAUAAUGGGAAAAGAAGUUGCCGGAAACGAUUGGCAGAUCACAACCGGAGAAGGAGGAAGAAUCAGCAAGUAAUCAACAAGAAGCAACCUCAAUUUGAAAGUUAAUUCAAAGUUUCCAGCUUGAAUCAGGAGCACAUUCAUCAACAGUGACAGUGGCCAUAUCACCACCAAAAAAUUCUAUGGAUUGUUUUAGGCAAAGAACAUAUCAACAAGCUGCAGCUGCUGCUGAUGCAACAACUUCCUGAUCAACAUCA